UAAAAUAAAAAAAUACCAAGUAUAAAAUAAUAUCAUUGUUUAUAUAUUAUACACAAAAAUGAAUAAGCAUAACGCUAACAUGACAAUAAUAAUUACUCGACAAGGAUAGUAAAGUCUUCCUUAUUUUUCCUUAACACCUACAAUAAAUAAUGAAAUAUAAAAAUAAAUACGGUAAAAAUCUCUCACUCUCACGCUCUCAAGUAUACAUAGAUUAACUCAUAUCAAUCAUCACUAUACCGCAAACCAACAUUAUGUAGCAGAACAUCAGCCUACUUCCAUGAAUCCACAAGAAAAUGAGUGGAAUCAUCAUGUUUUUAGUGCUUGAAGAUGGCGAGCAUUGACAAUACAACCGAAAUUCCGACCAUAGCCACUGAACUUGUAACAGAUCCAGCAGCUCCAGCAUCAGGACCUGGUGCCGGAGCCAACGAGGGACUAAGGUCUUGGGCAGAGGCCACUGUGGCGGCGAAGAUGAUGACCAAAAAGAAGGAGAAGAACUUUAUAGCUGAUGAUGCCAUUGCAAAACUAUGGAAUAGAAGAUUGAAAAUGAAGAUCGAAAAUAUAAAGAGAAGUUGAGAAUGUUGAGAAGU